AUGCAUAACGGCACUCCUCAUGCAGCAGCUGCUGCUAGAUACCCUCACCAAUCUCAUGCAUCCGGGCCUCUCAUCGACGCCAGUAGUCCUGAAGGUGACCCAAGACAGCAUGGCAGUACAUAUCCCCGGGGCUUUGGGAACGUCGUUGAUACACUUGCAAUCGAUGAAUUCCUUCGGAUACAGGAGGGACGGGUGAACCAAUUUCUCCAGGUUUCCGAUCGACGCGCAGAGGCACAGCGAUCUACGCUUCAACAAGCAGCGGACCAUCUAUCCAGCAUUGCCAACAAUAUCAUGGGCAGCGUAACUCAGUGGCUCAAACACACAACAAGCCAAGGCCCAGACUUGAAGGACUACCUUCAGGAAACUCACAAACAACUCGUCGAUGUCGACACUCAGCACCGACAGCUGAAGUUCGAGCACGAGGCCCUCAAGCAGCAGUUGAAGGAGGCGAAUGCCAAGGUUGACGAGGCUGUCAACGAGCGAGACGAGCUGCGAAGACUCGCUGACGGCGUCAACUGGACAGGAUCAGCCAAGAUAUCGGAUCAAGAAAUACGGAGCAAGUGGAAACAGCUCGAAUAUAACAUUCGCUCCCUGGCAAGUGUCUUAGCCAAGUGUCAGAUGAAAAUGCCAUCAGACAAACGUACCAGAGCCCGAUUGGAGGAGAUCUCCCCAGCCUGGCCCAAACUGCUUGUCGUCCAUGACUACAAGAACUUUCUCAUCGGCGCUUAUAUCUGGACUAUCGUUGAGACUAUCUUCACGGCCGGAGCGAGAUUCUGCAGUGGGGGUUACAACAAAGACCUAAAGGCCAUGCGAGCUGCAUUUCUCGAACAUGCUCCAGAGGUUUGCAACCCUUCGCGCCCAGGACCAACGCUUCGAAAUGUAGCAAGAUGGUUUGCCCAGGGCACAGCCCUCUUUGGGCACUUCUUCGGGCGUGACCAAGACGCCUUCAGACGCGAGGCACGACUUGAAGUUGAGGGACUGAAGCAAUUCUGUAACAUCACAGCAGACAAGUCGGGAACUGAUUUUCACCAAGAGAUGAAGGCCAUCCUUGAGGCUGCGCUGGACCUAGACGAGAUGUUGAUGAGCUCCAAAGCGAUCUUUUUGGUUCGCUGGCCCCAACAUGGACAGUCUGAGACACUGCAGCAUUUCGACACAAAUCAGAUGGAAUCACUCGUACACACCAAGGAGCCUUCCCCGAAGACGAUCAUCAGAUUUUUCAUUUCGCCGAUGCUCAUUAAGCUCGGAAACGCUGACGGCAACAACUACGACAGUGAGAUGACUCUCUGCAAGGCCACGGUUGUGUGUGAGUAA